AUGGCAGGAAGUGGUUUAAAGGAAAUUUUUAGUACGAUUUAUGCACCGAUAACUGCAGACAAAAUGCUUACUGGUCAUGCAUACUCCAGAGCUGUAAGAGGACAUACGUUGGUCUAUUUGGCGUUAUCAAAUAUUAUUUUACAGUCAUUUACAAUCAGUGAUGAAAUGAAAAAACAAUUAAACGAUUUAUUUUUAAAUUCCAAUCAUAAUCCAAUUGAAUUUGACCAGAUCUAUAAUGAAAAUGUAAUAAUACAAUUAAUUAAACAAUUUAAAAAUCAAUUAGAUGUAUUAAAAAAGAAUGGCGCUACUUCUAAACUUUGGUUGCAAUAA